CAGCUGAUGCCCAGCAACAGUCACGUGACCGUCUGUCGGUGCCCGCAGCGCAGGUACGACGCGUUUCAUCGUGGUGGAGAGUGGAGACGCCAAGGGAGUGAAUUAAACCCCAUUUCUUUUCUUUCGCUUUGAUAUUCUGAUUACCAAUCUCCAGCACGAUGACUAAGUUCCUCACGAACAUUGCGAGGCGAGGAUGGGUGAGUGACAUGUGUCAGGGAAGGAACUUCAGCCUCUCAAAUGCACACUCGCUGCACAAGACGGUUCUCCACGACUUCCAUGUUGCCAACGAGGGGAAAAUGGUUGAGUUUGCCGGGUACUCCAUGCCUGUCCAAUAUGGCAAAGUGGGUAUAGCAACCUCGCAUAAACAAGUACGAACCCAGUGUGGGUUGUUCGACGUGUCACACAUGUUGCAGAGCAAGUUGCAUGGCAAGGACAGGAUCAAAUUUAUAGAGGGACUCAUAGUUGGAGACAUCGAAGGCCUCGCGAACAACACAGGAACGUUAUCGCUUUUCACCAACGAAAAAGGAGGAAUAAUCGACGAUUUGAUAUGCAGCAAGACGGAUCAGGAUUAUUUAUAUGUAGUUAGUAACGCAGGUUGCAAGGAGAAAGACCUGCAGCACCUGAGAGAACACCUGGCGAGCUUCAAGGCUGGCGGAGGCGAUGUCGAACUCGAGAUCAUCGACGACCACGGCCUGGUGGCUGUGCAGGGCCCCGCGAUGGCCAACAUUUUGCAGCCUUUAGUGGAGGGAGACUUGAGUCAACUCUAUUUUAUGACGACCCAAGAGAUGAAUGUUGCAGGCAUCCCUUGUAGAGUGACAAGGUGUGGUUACACGGGGGAAGAUGGCGUUGAAAUAUCCGUCCCUAAUGAUAAGGCUGUAGAACUCUGUGAGACUCUGGUUGGCGCAGGUGUUCAUCUUGCUGGUCUUGGAGCACGAGAUUCCCUAAGGCUGGAAGCUGGACUCUGCCUCUAUGGAAAUGAUAUUGAUGAUGACACCACGCCCAUUGAGGCGGGCUUGGCUUGGACCAUUGGGAAGAGACGUAGACAGACUGCUGAUUUCUUAGGAGCUGAGAUCAUACUGAAACAGCUAAAAGAGAAGCCAAAACGCAGACGUGUGGGUCUAGUGUGUAGCGGACCCCCACCCAGGGCACACUGUCCAGUUCUUGAUGCUGAUGGUAGCCAAGUUGGCGAGGUUACAAGUGGUUGUCCAGCCCCAUCAUUAGGAAAGAAUGUGGCCAUGGCUUAUGUUCCAGCUGCUUUGGCAAAAGCAGGCACAGAGUUGUUUGUUCAAGUGCGAAAAAAGUCCAUCCCUGCUAAAGUAUCAAAGAUGCCUUUUGUCACCUGCCAUUAUCAUACCAAGAAGUAGAAGCAUGCACAAAUUGAAAAAGGUGUUUUAAAAGAUUUUUGAAAAAUCUUCCUUUUUAAAUUUCUUGCUAAAUGUGAAUGUGUGUAUAUUUGUUGCUAAUAUUUACUUUUCUUCUUUUUUCUCCUCUUUCAUUCUAAAGGAAUACUGAGAUUUACGUAUGAUUAUGGAUAUUACUGAGUUAUUGAUAGUGAAGAAUUUAGUAAUGGUGCUGCUUAUAAAAUAACAAUAUAGUGAAGGUUAGUUAAGAUAAAAAAUAUUUUUUAAGAUCAACUUUUUUUUUUUUUUCUCCCAAGGAAAUUUUUAUACAUGCCUAAUAUAGUGGACUUAUAUUUCAGUGCUAGCACACUUUUAUGCGAGUGAUAUUUCGUAUUGGGAAAAUAUAAGGUUAUUCAGAAUUGAUAAAUGAAUAAUGACAUUAAAUUGAAGUAGAUACAAGAUUACAAUGAAAAUGACAAUAUAUAUAUAUAUAUAUAUAUAUAUAUAUAUAUAUAUAUAUAUAUAUAUAUAUAUAUAUAUAUAUAUAUAUAUAUAUAUAUAUAUAUAUAUAUUUGAUCACUGAUAAUUUUAAUAGGUAGCUUUACUUCUAGUUAAACUCACUCAUGCCUUCAUGCAUCUGGAAGCAAAAUGCUCACGUACACAAAGGCAUAUGUACAGCAUUUAAGUAAGAAUUGCUGUAAAAUGGCUUCAGAUAUAGUUUUAUACAAUAUUAUAGAAACAAUGCAAGUACUUUAUUAUACAUAUCUUAAAGUUCCUGUCUUUAUGUCUUCUGUCUUACCAGACUUUACAAAGUGUGUGAAGCUUUUAAAGAACAGAAAAUGAAAAGAUGCAUAUACACUGUUCUUCCUUUUAGGAAAUUGGAAGUAAUUUGAUAUAGUAUAGAAAAUAAUUUGAAAAUACGGAUAGUUCUAUCACUAUUUGAUAAGCUAUUUACUGUCACCUUUUACCAUGAGGCAGUCAAACAAGUCCUGUCUUCAAGGAAAUAGAAAGCAUACUCCUACAUACAUGGAGACAUGCAAAAUCCACUUUCAUAGAGGCUGUUAUUUUAAAAUGAUUGAUGAAAUAAGUCUCAGUAAUCAGUUCAAAAAUUUCUCAAGAAAACUGCCAAUAUGUGCAUUAUCAAAACUCCCAACAAAUGUGGAAUUAAGAGGGUUUCAGAUAAAAGCAUACAUAUUCUCCUGUAAUUUUUCCUUACAUUAGUGGAGCAGUCCAUAAUAGGGAUCCAAGUGGAUUUCAUAACAAGGGCAUAUCCAGAUUCUGCAGUAUUUUCCUUUAAGGUAGAUGGUUUGUGGAAAUCCAUCAGUGACAUAACCGGUUUCAUUUAAAAACUUAGAAUAUUGAUAGACAGUACACAAAUAAAACAAGUUUGAAAUAUCACUACUGCAGUCUUGCCGACCAUUUUUCACCCUAAUUACCUGUUGUAGUCCCACCUGAAAAGACCUGCAUUUCUAUUGCGACUCAUUUUGUGGUGAAUGGUCACAUAUUUUCCAUUAGAUGAUACCCAAUGGAAUAACUGCUCAAAAUAAUAGGUUUAUAGCUUAGAAACACAAAUGUAAAUGCAAUAGUGUUGAAAAAAGAGUCAUUAGGUUGUAGAUGAUAACUUUGAAAAGUGGAUAAAUAUCUAUAUUUUUGUGAAUACAUUUAGAUUCUGAUUUUAUGUUGCCUUAUGUUCAUCCUUGAAUUAUUGUUAAUGUUACCUUUUCACGAACACUUGGAGUCUUCUUGGUAAAGGGUAUUGUGUAUAAAAGUAAAGAGCCAUGUUAGAACUGAUUCUCAAAAACACAUAUAUGUUGUUAACUAAAGAAAAUAAAAGCUUUUAUCUUGGUGACAAAGUGUUCUUUAAUAGGACAAUAUGUUUAUUUUCUAUUUUAUCUGUGUUUUCUCUAGCCGAUCAGGCCAUUGGAAGCUAAUCGUAAAAGAAUACUCUGUUUUCCUCUUGCAUAUUUUCUAUUCAAUUUUCCAUUUGUGGAAUGAGGAUGCUGAUUACUACAUACCUUUACUUAAGUGCAAUAUGUAUACAUGUUUUGUACAGGUAUUGUUGUUAUUUUUAGUUAUGUUGAUAACAAAUGAAUGUAUUUUUCCUUAUUGGAAAGAAAGACUUGGAUUGUUGUUUCUUCUUUUUCUUUUUCUUAAUUGUUCAUGGUGCUAAUUUUCAGUUGUUUGUCUUUUGUUAAUGCUGUAAUUUUUUGUUGAGGUGCUAUUUACUUUGCACCUUUUUUACCCUCUUGAUGGUUUUUAUUUUGUUUUUAUACUGUGAAAUGUUAAUUGGAAUUUCACAAAAUUAAUUAUUC